UUGUACAUUCAAGCCCUUAUUUUUCUCGAUCGACGAGCGAUGGUGUGUUUUUGAUGCAGCUGAUUUUGGGAUUUCGGCUCAUCUCAUUUCGUUACUGUCUAGAAGGCUGACCAAACAUUGGCUCAAAUCGUUGUUAUCAACCUGGCCGUACGCGUAUCUGAUAAACUUCCUGCAGCCAUGUUUGUCUUCAUCGCGAUUUGCAGUGCGUGUAUAACCUUAACCGCAGGGGAAAUAAACAACACAUACUUCAUUACCGCUCCCAGUGUCUUCAGACCGGGGCAACCUUUGAAGAUACGUGUGGCAUUAAGUGAUGCUGUUACUAGCCCAGUGGAUAUCACAUGUGGUAUUAUGGAUAACAAGCAGAAACGUUUGAUUGUGAGUGGAAGUGGCAUAUUUAACAAAGGAUCCCCAAGAGAAUUAACAUUACAGAUUCCUCAUGGCGUGGCUUCUACCUCCAUUUACAAUUAUUAUCUGUUGUCUGUAAAUGGCACUGGAGGUGCUAAAUUCUCUGAACUGAGAUAUAUUCGUUUUAUGGAGAAGGGUUUCACAAUCUACAUACAAACUGAUAAAGCUAUUUACAAGCCAGGGCAGAAUGUUCUGAUGCGAAUCUUCGGAGUCCAUCCAGAUCUGAGAGUUUACACUGGCAAUUUGACAGUGGACAUAUUGGAUCCCAAUGGAAACAAAAUGGCACACUGGGUCGAUCUUGACAGCCCAUCAGGUGUGGUUAAGAGAGAAUUUCUUCUUUCUACGCAACCAGUUGAGGGAGACUGGAAAAUUUCUGUGACAGCAGCAGAGGAUCAGAAAGCAGAGCAAAUCAUUGAAGUUAAGCCUUAUGUUCUUCCCAAAUUUGAAGUGAAAGUCAAGCUUCCAGCUUAUGUAAUUGAAAAAGAGAGUAAACUCCAUGGUUCUGUUGAUGUCAAGUACACAUAUGGCAAGGGAGCUAGAGGAAGAGCAAAUGUUCAGAUUUAUUUUAAUACGUAUGGGUGGGAAAAGAAACUUUCUCUCGCUAAAGACAUUCUUGUUGUCGAUGGCAGUGGCUCAUUUUCCUUUGGAAAGACCUUUAUUCUUCAGCUAUUUAAAGACUCUUUUCAGUAUGUCAGUGAUGCAAGCAUCCUUUAUAAAUAUGGCUACACACUGAUGGUCAAUGCAACCUUUCAUGAGGACCUCACAGGCAAAGUAGCUAGCGGUCAAGGAAGCGUUUCUUUUUAUGAGAUGGAUGUUAAGUUGAAAUUUGCAGAAUUCAAUCCUCAAAACUUCAAACCAGGAUUACCUUUCAAGGCUUUGCUUCAAGUUGUCCAGCCUGAUGGUGAACCAGUCAGUCCAGAUAAACUGCAAAAACUACAGGGUAAGGUCAGAAUUACAACAAAGUACGACUGGAGCGAUAAAGGCAGUGAAGAAGUCUUACCUCAUUUUGAUGACGGAGGCAUCAUUAUCACAAGAAACAUCCCUUCAUCAGCAGAUUACUCAUUAAGUUUACAGGCAGAAUAUUCAGAGGGUCUGAAGACAGUAAAAGCAUAUUUGUCGGCAUCUAAAUCAUCUUCUCCAAGCAACUCAUUCAUGCAGUUAUCAACUCCCACACCUUCAGUGAAGGCUGGUGAGAACAUUGCUUUGGAUGUGGAAGCCACUUUCACACUCUCAGAGUUAAAAUACAUGGUGUUGGCACGUGGAAUGGCAGUAGAAACAGGUACGCCUGUUGUAUCACCCGGUUCCACCAAGACUUCAUUUAAUAUCCAAUCCAAACCAGGCAUGGCUCCUACUGCACGCCUACUGGUCUACUGCAUGAAGAAAGAUGGCGAGAUUGUGGUGGACACUCUGAAUGUUAAAAUAGACGACCCUUUUCAAAAUCAAGUCUCAUUGACCAUUGACACCAACAACAAAAAUACAGUCUCUCCUGGCGACACCGUGACCAUCAAAGGCAAAGCGGCACCAGGGUCGUUUAUGGCCUUCCGCGCAGUUGAUAAGAGUGUGCUUUUAAUGAAAGAAGAUACUGAUCUCUCUGUCACCAAGGUACUCGGAGACCUUCAAAGUUACGAUUCUGCUGAAGUGUGGUACCCAUUUUGGGAGUGGGGCUUUCAGCGGAGUCGCCGUUCAAUUAUGCCUUUUCCAACUACAGGAGGCAAUGCGGCUGACAUCUUUGAGGUAAUGGAAGUACGCGGUGGAGUCCCAAAACUUGCCGAGGUAAAGCGUGUCAGAAGUUUAUUUCCUGAAACAUGGAUCUGGUUAGAAUACGAUGCCAGUUCGACAGGUGAUGUUGAAUUUCAGAGGGCCGUCCCUGAUACACUGACCACUUGGGUAGCCAGUGCUUUUGCUGUGUCAAACUCCACAGGACUGGGUGUUGGAGAACUUAAACCUCAGGUGCAAGUGUUCCAGUCGUUCUUUGUGUCACUCAAUCUUCCUUACUCUGUUGUUCGUGGUGAAGAGGUCGCUCUUCAAGUGACAGUCUUCAAUUACGAGCCGGAGCCGCAACUGGUAACUAUAACACUGAAAGGCUCUCAGGACUGGGCCAUCAUCGACGAAGUCAACACACUCGGCCUCAGAGGCGAGACUUCCCUAAACAAGGAUUACGUGGACAAAGCGAUGGACCUCAAAGUCGAGGUGACCGUGAAAGCCGGUGAAGGCAAAGCUGUGUCUUUUCCAGUGGUUCCUAGAAAGUUAGGCCUCGUGCCAAUUGAAGUGCGGGCUCAGUCCAAGACCAACGCAGACGCUGUUAGACGAAAAUUGCUGGUGGAGGCCGAGGGAGUGCCACAGGAAUACUCCAUCAGUAUGUUGUUGGAUCUUAAUUCAACGUCACGCCUGUCACGUACGCUGGACCUCAGUGUACCACCGAACACUGUCAAGGGAUCUGCGAGAGCGACGGUUUCUAUCAUGGGUGACAUUCUUGGUUCGUCCAUAAACAAUCUGGAUCACCUAGUGCGCAUGCCUUAUGGCUGCGGGGAGCAGAACAUGGUAAACUUCGCUCCCAACAUCUACGUCAUGAAAUACUUGAAGACUGUUAACCAGCUGACACAAAAACUCCAAAGUAAAGCCAAAAAUUACAUGAUAUCAGGAUAUCAAAGGGAACAGACUUACAGACACAAGGAUGGUUCUUACAGCGCUUUUGGUGAACGCGAUCCGUCAGGAAGCACAUGGCUGACUGCAUUUGUUACAAAAUCAUUUGCACAAGCCCGUGCGUUUAUCCCUGAAUACAUAGACGACAAGUUAUUAGAAGACAGUCUUGAAUGGAUGGCCCGUCAUACAGACAGAGAUGGAUCCUUCCGAAAAGUUGGCGCAGUUCAUAGCAGUGUGCUCAAGGGUGGUCAGAAAGGCGUGAUUUCUCUCACUGCGUUUGUACUCAUCGCUUUGGCAGAAGCGAACUCUAAGUCUCAGGCCGUUAUUAAUGCCAAGAAUGGCGCCGUAAAUUUCCUGGCAAACAAGGUUGAUGCGAUGUCAAGUGACAUGAAAGACGCUUACACAUUAGCUAUCACUGCCUACGCUUUGUCAUUGGUUGGAAGUGCGAAGAAAGUGAAAGCCCUUGCUGAACUGCGUAAAUUGGCAACUGAAAAAGAUGGUCUGAUGUACUGGCAAGAAAAGCAAGAAGUUAGCAAACCGAACGACAAUCCCUGGUGGCGGCCAUAUUACCGGCCGCGCUCCGCUGAUAUUGAAAUCACUGCCUAUGCUCUGUUGGCUUUCUCGCUUAACAAGGACAUCAGUGUUGGGUUGGCAAUAUCACGCUGGUUAUCGCAGCAGAGAAACUCACUGGGAGGUUACUCUUCGACUCAGGAUACCGUGAUUGGCCUCCAGGCCCUCUCGGAGUUCGCCGAGCUGAUUUAUACCCCGGAUAUUGACUUCACUGUUCAGCUGAUGUCCAGUGUGGAUCCAAACUUCAGAAAAACAGUAACUGUCAAUCAACAAAACUCCAUGGUGCUGCAGUUAGUGGAGAUACCAAAUGUGGCUGGUUCCCUGGAUGUAACGGCAAACGGGCGUGGGAUAGGAAUGUUACAGAUCGGUGUCACCUACAACGUGGACAAAGCCCCUGAGGACAGUUCAUUCGAUUUCCUGUUGGAAGUCAUCCGGGAAACUGAGUAUGAGAUAGAGGUCAAAGCCUGCUCGCAGUGGACUGACGGAAACCAGAACUCGGGCAUGGCCGUAAUGGAUGUCGGGAUACCCUCCGGAUUCGAACUGGACUGGGACACAGUCGACAAGAUCAUGUCAGAUUCAUCUCUGAAGCUCAAGCGUGUGGAGUCCCCAGAUCGCAAAGUGCUUUUCUACUUUGAUGAGAUCCCAGCAUCUAAAAUGGUCUGCGUCACAGUGACGUUUCAACGUGCGUAUGACGUAGGCAAACCUCAGCCUUCCUCGGCGUCUGUUUACAGUUACUACGAACCAGAGAAUCGUGCCGAUGCCCUGUAUGCUGUGGACUCUCUUAAAGAUCAGGGAGUCUGCCGUGUCUGCACCGAUUGUGUCAACUGCGAAGUAAGAGACGAGCCUGACGAUGAAGAGGACAAGAGCUCGGCACCUGGACUGAUGGCUGCAAUUGGCAGCGGGGGAAUGGCGCUACUGUCGCUGCUGUUGUUCGCUGCAUUGAAGUGAGGUUUUUGAGCAAGCGAGGGAUUCGACCAUUGUAACCCUCAAAUAUAUUCACUUUUUUAAUAUUCUUUUACAUUUUAUAAUCCCGUUCCACGCAGCAAAGUGUAUGUAACACACUAAACGAGCACAAAUCUAACUGUUACCGCGUACGAUGAGGCAUAAUCUGGAUUUGGUGAAGCUGUCUUGUUAGACUCUUUAAACUGAAGAAUUUUUAUAUUUUUCACUCUUCCUUUGUACUCUGACUCGUCCUGGUGGGUCGCAUAUUACUCAGCAUUUUAUGAAUAACUUUACAGUAAAAACCCGCCUAUAAGAACCUGACAUUUAAGAACCUGUUUGGCUAAAAUUUCCCAGUUAAGCGCCCUUCACCUCAAUACAGGUUCUUAUUCUUGAAAUAUAAAGUUUUUUUUUUUUUAACAUAAUACAGCACACAACAAAAGGUAACAAAAACUAGUCAGAAUACUCAAUGAUUCAUUAUAAAGGCCCCACCUUGAGAGCACUUUCUCGUCUCGCGGCUUCGCCGCGCGAUUUCGCCCUCGCCGCUACGACGCGCGCUCCGCAUAAAGUAGAGGCCAAAACACCGCAACUACUUUUAAAGGAGAAAUGAUGUACAAACGUAUUUUACUAAUUUUUCACGUUUUAGACGUAAUUAAGUAUAUAGGUACGUAACUAUUUAGCGUUGCAGGUAGAAAUAGAUUGUAUAGAUUGUAGAUAGUAUUUGAAAGUUAUGCAUUCCCCAAGUAAAACUGUGAUGGAAUAACUAGCGUGUCCACCUGUCAAUGUAUAUUCAUGAAAUAAACCUAUUGCACCUCA